CGAAACGCGAAACUUUUUUCAGACCUAAAUAAUCUCAAUCAUCUUGAUUAAGUUAAUAAGUUCAGGAAUAAUAAUAAUAAUAUAGAUCUAGAUCUAGUCCUAUUAAUAUUAAUCUAAAAUUGUAUGAUAGUAGAGAUCUAAAUAUACUAGAUGAUCAAGAUCUAGAUUAAAUAAAAUGAAUCAAUUUCGAUCUUGGAUAUUAGGAAAAAGUCCAGUUGGCGAAUUCGAUCAACAUGCAACCUUUCCGAACUACGACCCAAAGGAGAGUAAAAGUCUUCAAAGCCAAAUCAAUAAAACUGACUACCCCCCAAGUGUUCAUUUAGAUCUCAUCUCCUCUAGGAAUGUUUCGAAGGAUGGCAGCAACCAACUAGGCCUUCAACAAUCACAAGAAAAAACGAAUUCAUAUUUAUGGAAUUCAUUCUCAAAGAUAGUACCACUAGCUCCCGGAGAUUGCCUUGAAUGUAAAAUUGUUGGCAUUGGUGUGAUGAUGUUAAGUGGAUUCAUAAUACUUGCCUCAGCUGCAACAUCAAGAAAACGCAAUCUUUAUACAAGGGGAGCAAAUAAAAUCAUUUACUAUACACUUUGUGGUAGUUUAUUUCUUGGUUUUGAAACUAUAGCAGCAUGCAGGUUAUUUGACUGGGGUCCUUUUAAUAAAAAAAAUACAUAAACA